AUGGCGGGUGGCCAGAGAACUUUGGACAUCCCAGAGAUGCAAAUGCUAGUGGAGUUUCCAGGUGACGCUCAAGGGCUUGACUAUCACCAUCGGAUUUUGUGGUUCCGAGUGGACCGCUCAGUCUGGAUCAUCUCAUCACCGGAUGGUGAUGUGUACGAAGAAGAUUAUAAUGGUGUCACGGUCUUGCCUCUGCCUAGAAACGGCCCUUAUCCUGCCGGUUAUGCGGGUCAGAUGUACGUUCCCAACAACGCGAACCUGAUGGCCGAAUAUCCAGACCUACGACAGCAGGCUGAAACUUUGGCUACGGUGCGUGGGUGUUUGGACAGGCCAGGUGUCGCGGCUGGUCCUCCAGCGGCUCAAUCUGGGGCCUGGCGGGUGGCAGAUGUUGAUUCCAAGAGGUUCGGUGAGAUCGUGCCUCCUGGUGAUCUGACAGACCCCACUGGCAACGUGCAUCUGAUAGUUGGUGACCAGCAAAAGCGAUUGCAUCUCCUUGGUGACGCAUUGGUCAGCCUUGAGCUUGUCAAUGAUUUCGAUGCAUGGAAAGAGAGAAAACGGCCAGGUCUGCCAGGCGGCGACGCAGGAGACUUGAGGUUGAUGGCAUGUGAGAAGCUUGCGUCGGGGAAGCGACAGCUUACCUUGACGCGUGCCCUGGAGAAGAUGAGUGACAGCAAAUUCGAUGAUUCGCCGCAUCGUGGACCGAAGGCAGUUCGGGAGUUCUUGGAGUCAGUGGCUGAGAACGGUGGAGAUUUGACAACGUAUCAUGCUUCAUUUCUUCGAAAGUCAGGGCUCUCGGACAACAGUGCAGCUGCCCACGAAUAUAAGAAUCUCAUCUCCAUCCUCAAGCUCGCCGUCAGCUAUGAUCAAGUUGAUUGCAGUAAUCUUGCAUGCAUCGAGCAGGUUGUUAGACGCUUGCUGGAGAUCCAAGUCGCUGUCCGUCGGAAUCCGAAGCACCCGACCUUUGAUGCCUUUGACUACAACACUCGUGGCACGGUUGAUGAGGUCGGCGGAGCAAGGGCGGGUGGCUAUGCCGAGUGGAUUGCAGAGCAGCAGAAGAUUGAGGCUAAGACUUUGAAGUCAACCAGGGAGUGGCGCGAAGAGCAAGCCAGUGAACGGCGUCGUGCUGGUCGGUUCAAUCAGGACAAGGAUGAUGACGAGGAGGCGGACCCAUCUGGGGGAAAGAAGAGCAAGAAGAAGAAGAAGAAGGGCGGCCCAUCGGAGGCCUCAGCUUUGAAGAGGCUGGCAUCCGGUGUCAGAAACAUGGGAGGGUGCCCCGUUGGCAUGAAUCCGAAGGACUGUUUUCAAGACAUCUUGAAGUCCAAGGACCUCUAUUCGUUGUCUUCGACGACAGUUGCUCCUUACAACCCUGACCUCCUGAAGGUCACCAAGUCAGAGACAGUUCCUAAGGAAGCCACAAGUUUGCUUCCACCAACCGAAGCAGAGUACUUACUGGACCCUUUAAGUCACAUUGUGAGGAAUCAGUCUGAGAUUGAUGCUUGGACAAGGCAGAAUAGCAGCUUUCAGCCUUAUUGGGAUGAGUCACUGCGGCGAGAUCGUUCCCUGCGGAUGGACCUGUACCGACAGCUGCAUCGCAAGUCAUUGCUCAGUUUCAGAAAGGUUAUCUCUGCCAAGGUUGGAUUGUUCUUCGUUUGGAAGGCCAGUCGUAAAGGCAUCAGAAUGAUAGUGGAUGCCAGGAUGACAAACGCAUGUCAUCGCUCCCCUCCUCGCACCCGCCUUGGAGGAGCCACAGCCCUGAGCGAGGUCGACGCUUUUAUGGAGGGACCUGACUUGGCAUGUCCUCUUCACAACUGUGGUGGGUUGGUCGAGUUACCUACCGCCCUGUUUGGUGAUACUGCUGAUGUGAGUGAUGCCUUCUAUCAAUUCAGCGUGUGGCCCCUGGCCGAAUGGUUUGGACUAGACGAUCCCGUCACUGCUUCGGAGUUCAACGUCAGCCAGGUCUGGUGUGCGGCGUCACAAUGCUAUGUCAACGUUGAGCCUAAUGAGAAGCUGUUCCCAGUCUUCACGGGGAUGCCGCAAGGAUGGGCUUGGGCAUUGCAUCUCUGCAACACGGCCGUCGAGUAUGGCAUGAGCAAGAGCAUUCCUCCGGCGCGCUUUGUGAAAGAGGGCCUUCCUGCUCCUGAUCCGAUGGUGCACCACUCAUUUGAUGAAGCGGUUGAACACCUCGAGCGGGCAGGCUUCGUGCUGCAUGAGCUCGAGCGGGGCCUUCACGAGAUUUCGAACGUGGGGAUUGUGUUGCACACCCGGGAGAUGAAGAUCAGGCACUCAAAGAAGCGAACGUGGCGGUUGUACCUGGCCCUGAAACACUUGCUUCGACUGAAGAAGGUGACUUCAGAGGCAUUGCGAAUGAUUGCUGGUCACAUCGUUCAUUUCUUCUCGAUCUGCCGGCCAGGGCUUAGUUGUCUGCAUCACGUUUACAAGUUCAUAUACCGCUGGCUGGAUGGAAAAGCACAUAUUCUGCCAGGGCCAGUGAAGCGUGAGCUGCGCAUAAUCGUAGGGUUAAUCCCGCAGGUUGAGGUCGACAUGGCUGCGCCUUACAAUGAUGUCAUUUAUUGUGGUGACUCCAGUUCAUAUGGCUACUGUGUGCAAGUGUCACCUUCAACGGCUGCCGAACAGAGGGAGUUGUUCAGGUUCCAUGAACGCUGGCGCUUUGUGCAAGUUGAAGAAGGCAUCGGUGUUGGUUUAGGUUCGCAUCAUGGGUGGUCCGCUGACUUUGAGAUGCCAGAUUUGGCAUAUGUUCAUUGGCUUUGUGACCGUAUAGGGAUACCCCAUCCCUCCACUGGACAGCUUGAGGCUGGUACCGCUGAGGAUGGUCGGGCCAACAAACACUCAAGACGCUUUCAGUCCAUAGAUUUGGUUGGUUUGGUUCCGAAACUGCCAGACACCUUACUUGCGCCCUCCCGAUGGCAGACAGUCAUCAAGAGGCUAUGGAAGCACUCAGAGGCCAUUCAUAUGAAAGAAGGCCGGGUUGCAUUGAUGGGGCUACGACGCGCGGCUAAGGAUCACCGCACCCACGGCAAGCGCUUGCUGUGCCUGUGCGAUAACCUUGCUGCUGUCUGUGCCUUUGAUAAAGGGCGAGCGAAAGACUUUAGCUUGCUGGCUCUGUGUCGUCGAGCAAGUGCAUUGCAGAUUUGUACCCGGAUCCGCUGA